CAUAAGAGUACUACCGUCGAUCUAUCCAACGCCCUCACCGCCCCGAUAGAUGCCCGGAUUCUGCCGCAGAAAAAUGCGAAUGUCCGGCAGCCAACUUCUCCUCAUCCAGACUGGCAAUCUCAGAAAGCCACUUUUCUUUCAAUUGAGAAUCCCUACACCAGAUCAGCUCGGACGUCACUGAACCGGCUCCAACCGCAAUUUAAAAAUGGCCUCUGCAGCGCCAUCCGUCCCCCCUUCCCUCACUCUUCCCCCCUCGCAGUUCGCCCGACUCCAACCUCACGCCUAUCUCCUCGCCCACCUCUCACCUCCCGCAUCGAGCAACCAGCCUUCCAUCCGAGCAAAUGGCCGCGCCCCCUCGCAAUUCCGCGUCACCUCCGCCAACACCGGCUCCCUGACUCACACAAAUGGCAGCGCAGUCGUAAGAGUGGGCGAUACGACCGCUGUAUGCGGCGUCCGAGCGGAAAUCCUCCCCACAGACGACAUCGCCUCGUGGAGCGUGUCGCAUUCAUCAUCGUCUACAAACAAGCGUCGGAAGCUUACCAACCCCACCCAAAAGCCUACUCAGGACGACAACGAAGAGGAGGAUCCUGAAGACGAAUCGCACAUCCAACAACUUAACCUUCUCGUGCCGAACCUUUCGCUGAGCACCGGCUGCGCACCGGGGUUUAUUCCCGGCGCACCCCCGUCGGCAUUAGCGCAGUCCCUGUCUCACCAGAUCCUGAACCUGUUGCAUAGCACGAAACUGGUUCGCGCGGAGGAUCUACGGAUUUGGUACCAGCCGCCUAAUCUGGGGCAAGAGGACCUGGAACGGCACAAUGAAUCCGAGCAGAUGGAUGUGGAUACGGAACGCGGGGAGGAGGUCGGCAAGGACAAGGAGAUCAAGGCAUUCUGGGUGCUUUACAUUGAUAUCAUGAUUAUCUCGUUGGCCGGAAAUCCAUUUGAUGCUGCUUGGGCUGCGGUGUUGGCUGCACUGCGUGACACGAAGCUGCCGAGGGCGUGGUGGGAUGUUGAUAAUGAGAUGGUUGUAUGCUCAGAUGCGGUUUCCGAGUCUCGAAGGCUGUCUUUGCGCGGUCUGCCUGUUGCCAGCUCGUUCUCUGUGUUUGAGGCUGAUGCGGCGGCUGGGUGGAGGGCGGUUAUUGUCCCGGACGCUGAGGAGGAGAAGAAAAUCGAGGAAAGUGCCAGGAAGGGUAUCCAGCGGAGGUGGAUUCUGGCUGAUCCUGAUGGAUAUGAGGAAGGACUGACACAGGAACGGGUCUGCAUUGUGGUUGAUAAGGAGCAAGGUGGGAAGGGUAAGACAGUUAUCGUGAAGAUGGAGAAGAAUGGAGGGUGGGCAGUGGAUGGAAAAGAGUUGAAGGCGCUGGUUGACGUCUCCGCGCAAAGAUGGGAGGAAGUGAAACACAUUCUUGAACAGUGUUGAUCAAUAUUCUAUCUGGAAAGUGGCUAAUGCUACAUGCAAUGAUACCAUGUCCGUCGUUA